UAUGGCAACGGUUGCGCGCGUCCUUGUUGCCAUGACACCGAGCGGAGUUUGCAAGAUGGCGAAAGUGCAGGAGGAGAGUCUGCUGGAGAUCGGGGGUCAGGGUCCUGCUCCAAUCAAAGACUACUACCACCUGCUCAUCACCAGCACACAGGUGAUCUGGAGGUGGUGGAAGAUUUCUCUGAGGGCUGAAUUCAGAAACGCGAGACCUGGAGAACUGAAGGAAUCACACAGCGAAUAUUUGGAAGACAGCACGCUGCAGAGACAGGUGAAGAUCGUUUUUGGUCCAGGUAUCCUGAAUUACUCGUUGGAUCUGUGCCAGGGUCAGGCUGACUAUCUCCUGCGUCUUCCCGAGUCCAUACACCUGAAGAUCAUGUCUCACCUGGACCUGGAGGACGUGGCUCGGUUGGCAGGAACCUGUUGCAGGUUUAAACAGCUCUGCAGCUCGGAGGAGUUCUGGGAGCAGACGGUGAGGAUGCACUGGGACACAGUUCCCGCUGAGGUGGAGGAACUGGCCGAGGAACUGGGCUGGAGAAACGUCUUCUUCACCAACAAACUGCAGCUGCAGAAACAGAUCAGCCGCCGGAAACAGAGGAACCAAUCAGGCGCUGGCGCCGCCACCGGCCUUCAGGUGGAUUCGCUGAUCAGACUCUCUGAGAGCAAGCAUGGACUGAAAUAAAGAAACCUUCAGAAGCUUCUACAGAUUAACUAAAACAUCGUUAAUCUCACAGCGAUUUUACAUCCAUUUAGCGUUAUUGUUUUAUAUAUAUGGUUUUUAUUAAACUGUAUUACUUACAGAAAAGA